GUUUCUGUUUCAGUUCUCCCCUCGACGAGCAGAAGAGCAGUUUUGUCGCAGUUAUUAUUUAAAACACUCACAACUUCGUCUUAGAAUUUCAUUCUUCUACCUGUUGCAACUUUUGUAGUCGGGUGGAAGUUGAAAGCGCGAUGCAGACGUCGGCCGUAGAUGAGGACAAGACGCAACACUCGCUGGUCUUUUUCGACCUGGAGACAACUGGAUUCGGCUCAACAUGCGAGAUCAUCCAGUUGGCGGCGGUGAGCGGCGACCGCUUUCUGAACCUGCACGUUGUCCCUCCUUGCCGGGUGCAUCCCCAAGCCACCGAGGUGACGGGCUUCACCGUGGUCAGGCAGCAGCUUUACCUCCACGGGCGGCUAGUCUCCACCAAGUCCUUGGAGGAGGCGCUGGUGUCCUUCAUCGCCUUUCUCCUAGCGCUCGGACGCCCCCUGCUGGUGGGACACAACAUCCGCCGCUUCGACUGCCAGCCGCUGGCCCGAGCGCUGGAGCAGACGGGCCUGAGGGAGCAGUUGGAGGCGUCCAUCUCGGGCUGCGUGGACACCAUGCCUCUGGCCCGGGAGGUGCUGAAGGAGUGCGGCAUGAAGCGCUUCAGUCAGGAGCACCUGGUCAGGGAGCUGCUGGGCGUGGACUACCAGGCCCAUGACGCCUUGGAGGACGUGCGGGCCUUGCAGAAGCUCUACCACGUUCUCCAGCCCUCACCUGAGGUGGUCGCCCGCCACUUGUUCAGUCUGAGCGACAUACAGGUGGUCCGCGGGUACCGCUGUCAGUUAGUGCCUCCUGUGGCAGCUUGUGGAACCGCAGAGGAGCUAGACAACUUCAUGAAGAUUCCAUGACCAACACUUCUUUUUAUUUCAUUCACUAGAUUAUGUCAGCAAAUGGAUUUUAAUACAUUUUAACUUCCCUUAAAGCAAUAUUGUCUCUGCUGUUGAAUGCAUUUAUGAUACAAUUUGAAAUGGAUUAAACAUUUAUUCAUGUA